CGGCCACGUUUCCCAUCAUUCACAUUUUCUUUCUCUUUGCACAAACAUGGAUGCCGAAUACGGAAGAGAGAAUAAAAGAGUCAACCUUGCAGAUGAUCCUUCGAGCAGAGCGAUGGUUCAGAUAGAUCUUCAUCGUCUCCCACGGAGGAUUCUACUCGAUAUCCUAUCAAGACUACCGAUCACCUCUCUGAUCCACUUCAAGACCACUUCCCACAUCGGCUAUGGUAUAAUUGACGAUCCAAGACUCCCUCCGCUGUUCCGCAACCGGGUAAGCGACUCAAACCCAUGUCUGAUUCUGUUCGAGAACAAUGUCCCCCAGCGACUCUGUUUUGUGGAUAGUGAGGAUUGUAGUCGAAGGGUUAGGAAAAUCGACCCACCACAGCAUUCAGAAGUUAAAAACCUGGUGGGUUCUUGCAACGGGCUUUUAUGCGUAUCCUAUCCCAUAAGCGACCCUCUCUUAUUCAGUGUUUCACACGAGACUGGCAGUCUGCUAAUUUACAAUCCUUUUGUUGGAGACGCUGUGAGAGUCCAGGCAGCGGACGACCCAUUUUUGAGUCAAUAUGAAGUCUUUGGCUUUGGGUUUCAUCCGAGGACAGGAGAAUUCAAAGUGGUCAGGAUUGUGUACUAUCAGAGGAUGAUUAUAGUAGAAAAACGGCAUGUAGUAAUCGGCACCGUUGAAGAAUCAAUGGUUCAGGUGUUUACCGUAGGAACAACAGAGUGGAGAAACAAAGGAGCUCCGCCUCCACAAUUGGGGUUUGGAACCGAUCCACCUGGGGCUCUGGUUGAAGGAUCUCUCCAUUGCUCGACUCCGUUUAAGAUGGGAGGAGUCGGAUAUAUCUUUGGCAUUAUCUCCUUCGACCUUGCAGAUGAGGUGUUCGAAGAAAUUCCGCACCCACCUUGUCAACGAUUUGUGUCACGUGACUACAAUCUUUCCGUGCUCAAUGGGUGUCUAUCGGCUGUUGGGUUACUUGAAGCUGGGCAUUUUGAUAUCUGGGUGAUGAAGCAAUACCAUGUUAAGGAAUCUUGGGUAAAACAAUUCUCCUUUGAUCCCGAUUUAACUCGUGGAUUGCUAGUUAAUUCUUUAAGCCCAGGUGAUAGCAGACUUCUGAAGCUUAUAUGUGCACUGAAGAAUGGGGAGAUUCUGUUGCAGUGUAACAGCAGUUCUCUGGUUUCUUAUGAUCCUGUAGAAAACAGAUUCAAGACUCUUCAACUAAGUGGGUUAUCCAAUGAGUUCCAAGCACUUCCUUUUCUACCUUCUCUUUUCUCAGCAGAUGCAACCAUGAAUUUGCUAUUUUAACUUCUUCCUCUUCUUCUUUUUUUUUUUUUUCUUCUGUAAGACUCUACUACUACUUGUUUUAGUUAGUGUUGAAUCUUUGAUCAUCAAGCAAUCAUAUGAUAAUGUCUAUCUUCUCGUCAAAUGCUUUAUUUUAUUGGUUAAGUUUUAUGAUCAAACCCAAUCCAAAAAAAUCUGACCUCUACCAUGCCUCCUGUGGUGUAAUGAGUUAAUCAAAAUUCAGCGCAUCA